AUGGAAACUUCAAACCUCCUUGAGGGAACUUACGAAUCUCACAAUGAUCAAGAAAACUUUGGCUUGGAAAGUAAUGUUGAAGAUGAAGACGAAGAUGUUGAAGAUGACUUGAUUUAUAAUGAACCUCUAUCCCCAGUCUUAAAUGAUUCCAUAAAAAAGGAAAUUGACAGAGUUUAUUCUAAGUUUUCCCGUGAUACCCUAGAUCCAAAUGACGAAGAUACAUAUGACGUGACCAUGGUGGCCGAAUACGGCAACCGCAUCUUCAAUUAUUUGCACUCUUUAGAAAUCAGAUAUAAACCAAAUCCAAGAUACAUAGAAGAAGUCCAAGAUGACCUUUUAUGGGAACAUAGAGCAACAUUGAUGGACUGGCUGGUACAACUUCAUUCAAGGUUUAACUUGUUACCUGAAACAUUAUAUCUUGCAGUGAACAUUAUAGAUAGGUUUCUCAGUAAGAAAACCAUAUCUUUAUCGAGAUUCCAGCUAUGUGGCGCAGUUGCAUUAUUCAUAGCCGCUAAAUAUGAAGAAAUUAAUGUUCCUACAGUUUCUCAAAUGGUUUAUAUGGUAGGAAACCAGUAUCCAAGAGAAUCCUUUUUAAGAGCUGAAAGGUUUAUGGUUGAAGUCCUUGGCUUCGAAUUCGGCUGGCCUGGUCCAAUGUCAUUCCUCAGACGUGGAUCAAAGGCUGACGAUUACGACAAUGAAAUUAGAACGCUGGCCAAAUACUUUUUGGAAAUCACCAUAAUGGAUGCCAGAUUUGUAUCAUCUCCUCCAAGUUGGUUAGCAGCUGGGGCUCAGUUUCUAUCAAGAAGAAUGUUAGGACGUGGAGAUUGGACAGAAGCUCACAUUUAUUACACAGGUUAUACUGCCGAGCAAUUGGUACCGCUUGCAGAAAUUCUAGAAGAAUGCUGCAUUUCCACCGAAACUCAUCACAGGACAAUUUUCCAAAAAUAUAGUGAAAGAAGGUUCAAAAGAUCAGCAUGCUAUGUUCAAGAAUACUUACAUGAGCUAUACGGCGUCAACUAA